AUUGGCUUCCAAUAGCUUCCCAUUUCCUCUAAAGGCUAGGAGGGCUCAUUUUUUCCCAGACGCCUUGGACGGCAAAGAAAAGAGUUUCACUGCUCGUUUCUCUUUUGCCUGCUCAAGACUGUCAAUCCAGUGGAGCUUCAAAAAACGUAAAUGACUGAGCGAUGACAUCUCUACAGACAUGGCCUCUUUCGUUGCUGCUUGUUAUUGCAGUACAUUGUUCUAAUUCACUUGAAGACAACAAGAUCCCCAGUUUGUGCACAGGAAGCCCAGGUAUCCCAGGAUCUCCUGGGUUGCACGGCAGCCCCGGUCAGCCCGGCAGGGAUGGACGAGACGGCCGUGAUGCUCAACAAGGAGAGAAAGGGGAAAGAGGGGAGAGAGGAGAACCAGGUCAGUCGGGCGUGAGGGGCCUCACAGGAGACCGAGGGGAUCCAGGGGAAAAAGGAGAGAGAGGAACCCCGGGCGAGUGUGCGGUAGCCCCCAAAUCAGCUUUUAGUGCCAAACUGUCUGAGGCCCGCACGACUCCAUUGACGGUAGGGGAUGCGGUUCGCUUCGACAAAGUGAUUCUCAACGAGCAGGGCGAUUACAAUCCCGAGACGGGAAGAUUCACGUGCAGAGUGCCGGGCGUUUACUACUUCGCCGUUCACGCCACAGUCUACCGCUCCAGCUUGCAGUUUGACCUCAUAAAGAACGGAAACACCGUGGCCUCCUACUUUCAGAUCUUCGGGAACUGGUCCAAACCAGCCUCGCUGUCUGGAGGAACACUAGUGCACUUGAUUCCAGGAGAUCAGGUGUGGGUGCAAAUGGCCCUGGGCGAGUACACUGGCUUUUACUCCAGCCCAAAGACAGACAGCACUUUCACUGGUUUCCUAGUGUACUCAGACUGGAAAAACUCUGCUGUUUUUGCAUAGAUUUAAAUCACACUGCGCCUAAUUUUCUGUUUACCACAUGCAGGUUUCAUGAAUUGUAAAAGCACUGUUAUGGAUAAGACAAAGGUCUUUGAUUGGCCUCCAUUGAUAAUCAUUUCAAGUAGAAUCAGAUAUGAUCAGCAUUGCACAGAUGAUUCAGUUAUAAGCACAUUUAGUCAUACAGAAUAAGGAGUGUUGCCAUGCAAAGAAUGAAAGUAUGAAUGUCAUUAAUGAAACUUUGGAAAUAUGGAAUAAAAAAAUUUAAAUACUGAAGAAGAAAACCUUCUGCUGUUUUCUCUGAAAAUGUUUAUUCUGAUGGCAGUCUAUAUUUUGUGAAAAAGAACAAUAAAUACUUUCCAACACGUCUCUGGAA